UGUUUCAUGUUGUAUUUUUUGUUGUUGUUGGUCAAAAUGAAAGAAAAGCAGCUCGGACACAACAGCGCGUUGCACAGCUUCAGACGGCCAAUCAGCUGCUGAAGGAGAGCGUCGUUGGCAUUGUUGCAUCUCAGGUCUCCUCCUUCCUCCCUUCCUCCUAUUUUCCACUCCCUUCACUCAUCCACCCAUCCGUCCACUCCCUCUCCUCUCCACACACGCACACCGAUUUUCUCAUCGCCUCCUCCGCCACAAUGACCAACGAUUCUCCGGAGGAGGAGACCCGAGCUCCGGGUGGCGGCGGAGGAGGAGGAAGGGAAGGAGGAGGAGGAGGAGGAGGGAAAGGAAUCACUCGAAGGAACCCAGCGGACGACAAUGUGACCAUCCUGACAUCCUCCAUGGAUUACCAAAGAGCCGGCCGGAGCCGAGCCAGCAGCAGCAGCAACGACGCCGCCUCGAGCAUCACAUCCUCCCUGGAGCUGAGCAUCCAGACGCGGAUCUUUAAGAUCAUCGUCAUCGGGGACUCCAACGUGGGGAAGACGUGCCUCACCUUCCGCUUCACCGGGGGGAGCUUCCCCGACAAGACCGAAGCCACCAUCGGCGUGGAUUUCAGGGAGAAGGCGGUGGAGAUCGAAGGGGAGACUAUCAAGGUGCAGGUAUGGGACACUGCAGGCCAGGAGCGCUUUCGUAAAUCCAUGGUAGAACACUACUACCGCAACGUCCACGCCGUGGUCUUUGUAUAUGACGUCACCAAGAUGACUUCCUUCCGCAACCUACAGACAUGGAUAGAGGAGUGCAAUGGCCACCGGGUCUCAGCAUCAGUACCUCGAGUCCUGGUGGGAAACAAGUGUGACCUCGUGGAGCACAUACAGGUUCCCUCCAACGUGGCGUUGAAGUUCGCCGACUCCCACAACAUGCUGCUGUUCGAGACGUCGGCGAAGGACCCGAGGGAGAGCCAGAACGUCGACUCCAUCUUCAUGUCGAUCGCCUGCCGCCUGAAGGCCCAGAAAUCCCUGCUCUACAGGGACGUGGAGAGAGAGGACGGGAGAGUCCGACUCACACAAGAGACUGAAACAAAGAGUAGUUGUCCUUGUUGAGGAAAAGGAGGAGUGGGAGGCAUAAUGGAAGGGGAAGAGUAACUGAACAUGUGAAAAAGAAGGGGAGAGGGACGAUGGGAGAGUGAGGCUAAAACAUGAGUCGUUUAAAUUACGUGCAACUUUUCUGGUUAUGGAGGAGGAAGGAGGCUGAUACUAAGAGCAAUGUGUUUCAAGGAAGAGAAUGGAGGAGGAAAGGGUGGAGAGAAGGUGCUGAAGAUAGAGAGAAAAGGGAUUCAUUAACCAUUCAGAAAUGUUGCCUUUUAGACUACAGCAUAGUGUAGAAAAUCUUCCAUCUUUUCAAACAUAGACAGAACUGACUGAAUAUACUUUCAGCGUGCCCAGUGCAAAGGCAAACAAAAAUAAGAGAUGAGUCAUUUGGGGAUUUACAACAAUGAUGCCAGGCUGCUGUUGCUGUUCAUGACAGCCAUUACUAACAGCAACCUAUUUGAACGCAGUCUAAUUUUUGUAGCCUGAUUGUUUGAUUUUCCUCCACAUCUUAGCUCAAAGCUGUAUUUCACAACCUACGGUUAUGUCCGCUGCCUUAAAAAGCUGCCCCGGUCUUGGUUUUAAGAACUCAGUCAGGCAAAAGGAGCAUAGAGGUUUCAAGUGGUUUAACCUACUUGAGUUGGUUUAUACAAUCACCAAACACUCUGACAGCCUCUUAAUGUGGAACAAUCGACUUUUUGAGUCUAUUUUUGUCACAGAAUUUUUAAUAUCUGUCUGAGUCAAUCUUUCAAGAGCGGGACAGUUGACUUCAAAUCACUGUGAGAUCAUGAAUACAGGGGAUAGAUGGGGUAACAUUUCCUAGAUAAAAGUAAUGUGGACAAAAUAUGGGGCAAAAAAAUACAAGGUUAGCUCGAAGGACCUUUUCAGGAAGACCUCGACAACAAGGUUUCCUG